AUGCAGAUCUUCGUCCAAGGCUUGGGCGGCGGCCACUUCGCCGUGGACGUGAGCUCCCUCCGGGACUACCGAGUUUCGACGCUCAGAUCGGCGGUGGAAGGACUCUCGGGCGUUCCCUCCCACCUCCAGCGGCUCACCUCCGGAGCGAAGGACCUGGCCUCGCCCUCCGCCAGCCUCGACGACUAUGGUAUCGAGCACGGCUGCACGGUGCGGCUGUCCCUGCGGCUCCUCGGCGGCAUCGACUUCCAGCACCGAGAGGGUUCCAAGUUCGGGGGCGGCGGGGUCAUGUCCGAGGGCCAGGCGGCCGUGGACCGCAGGGAGAGACUGAGAAAGCUGGCCCAGGAGACGGUGGACCUGAACAAGGACCCGUACUUCAUGCGGAACCACCUGGGCAAGUACGAGUGCAAGCUAUGCCUGACCCUGCACAACAACGAGGGGAAUUACCUGGCCCACACCCAGGGCAAGCGGCACCAGCAGAACCUGGCGAGACGGGCGGCGAUGGAGGCGAAGAACGCCCUGGUCAAGCCUCAACCGUGA